CAAAUAGCCUCCGCAUAGGCGACGCACUGUCAGAAGAGGAAGACGCUUCCCAUUUUGCGUUAUAAAUAUUUACUAUAUACGGUGCUUUAGCUAACAUUAUUAAAUAAGGUUUAUUUCUAUCAUUUUAUUUAAUUCUUUUGCGUCGACCGUAGCAGGGAAACCUUUAAAGAUGGAGGAGUUUGAGGGCAGUUCUACUGGCCGGGUAACUGUAUACUCUAUCCAGGGCUGCCCACAUUGUGUGCAGGCUAAAGCUACCCUCAGGGCUUUAGGGGUUCCAGUAUGCGAUGUGGAUGUUGGGAUUCAUUCAGAACUGACGGUGAAACUGAAGGAGCUGACCGGACGCAGCACUGUACCUCAAAUCUUCUUUAAUAAUGUCCAUGUUGGGGGUAAUGAAGAUCUCCAAAAACUGGCUCCUGGGGAGCUGCAAAGGCUGGUGACUCUGGUCAAAGAAGAGCCUCUUACAGCAGAUCCUCCGCCAUUACCAGAAAAUAAUCCAUUUGGGUUUCCAGAUGGGGAGAUAGAUGGAGAAUUAAAAUGUGAGAGAGAUGAGUUGGCAGACUUGGUAGAGGACCUGAAGCAAGCUGGUGUGGUUGGCGUGCAGAGGAGGGGACUGACUGUAUACAAAAAGAGCUUCUCAGGCAUUCAGCUGGUUGACUGGCUGCAAAAAGACAAGGCAAUGGACAGGGCUGAGGCCUGUAAGACAGGCCAGGCACUGCUGCAGAAGAAGUACAUGGUCAGUGUGCGAGGCAGUGGACAGAAGGAUGCGUGUUUUGGAGAAGGAAAAGAAACCUUGGACACUCUGUACAGGCUGCUGGAAGAUGACUUUCAUUCCCCCCUGAAUGGAGGACAGACCGCCAGCUGUUGUCCCAUACAGGCUGCUGAGCUGUCAUUGCUUUUACGCGAGAUGAUUCUGAAAUUGUUCUCGGAGCAUCUCUCUGCCGAUGGCAAGUUUGUGGAUUACAAAGGGAUGUCUGUGGAUCCAGUGUUUGAACGUUACUGUGAGCUGGCCAUUCAGCUGCAGAGGGUGGAGCUGCUGUCACUGAGCCGGGAGGAGAAGCUGGCCUUCUUCAUCAACAUCUACAACGCCUUAGUCAUCCAUGGCUACCUGCGCUUGGGGGCUCCUACCAACAUAUGGCAGAGAUACAAAUUUUUCAACUAUGUUAGUUACCUCAUUGGAGGGGAAGUCUUCACAUUACAAGAUAUUGAAAACGGCGUCCUUCGAGGAAACAGAAAAGGAAUAGCUCAGCUUCGGAGGCCCUUCUCCAAAACAGAUCCUCGGCUGCAGGUGGCGCUUCCAGAUGCUGAGCCCCUCAUUCACUUUGCUCUGAACUGUGGUGCAAAGGGCUGUCCUCCGAUUAAAACGUACACACCCCAGGAUAUAGACACCCAGCUCCUUACUGCAGCUGAGGCCUUCCUAGAGAACGAUGAUGCCUGUAUGGUUGAUUCAGACAAAAAUGAAGUGCGUCUCAGCCAGAUAUUUAAGUGGUAUAAAGCUGACUUUGGAGGGACUGAUGAAAAGCUGCUGAAGUGGGUCCUGGAUCAUAUGGGUGACUCUCCAAAAAAGACCAGCCUGCAGGAUGUUCUUUCUACAGGGAAAACUAAAGUCAGCUUCCUCCCUUAUGACUGGAGCUCCAACAGCGCCCACUGAGGAUCCCCACUCUGCUGUUUUACGGAUUCUCUAUUUUUCUAUUUAGCUGCGUGUGCUUGAAUCCACAGGAUAAGGGAGGGAAAAAUCACACCAAAUUAAGAUAGAAACACUUUAGCUGUAAGAAGGGCACUUUUGCACUGUACAUCUGAAGCAUCCUUAUACUGUAGCCCUAUUUAUUUCAGGUUACCCUUAUAUAGAUGUCCUAUAAAUGAUAUGCACCACAUUCAGUUGGGUGGGCUAACUGAAUUUGCACACUUAACACUUUCUAAUCCAGCAGUUCAUUAUUAGCUCAGAUACAACAUUAAACAUAUUGUUCUAGUAGCUGACCUUCUAAAACAAGUGCAACCUGUCUGCAAUGGCAACUCAGGAGUGAAAUAUUAGGACAGCGCUGAGUCCAAUUCAUCAUUUACUUAAUGCAGAUGUUGCAUUGACGAGCCAUAGACAACAGUCUUUAUAUCUGCAGAUGUUGUUUUAAUUAACAUAUUAAAGAUUCAAAGUACUAUUAAAAUGUGUUUAAGAUUUCUAAAUAUUAAUCUUAAACGUUUCCUGCAUAAAGGUACUGUAGUUAAUAUUAGUAUAGGCUGAAUUUUUAUUCUUGGUUUUCUACAACUUGAUAAAAGAAACUAAUUUAGAUGCUGCUGUCAGUAUUUUUGAUGCAAACCUGCUAAAGGUUUGCAGCAAUUUAUUAUUUUAAUAUUUCCAUAAGCAAUGGUGCGUUCAAACUUCAAUCAAAAGUUGAAUUUACUGAAUUUAGCGUAGCAGGAAGCAAGUAGACGGCCCAUCUAUGUAUCUACAUUUAAUUCCAUUCAGAAACUUGUCAUGAUCCUCAACUCUUUACCAUUCAGCACUCCGAUAGAUGUUAGUGGUUCGUUAGCAUCUUAACAGACUCAAGUCUUGGGUGACAUUUUUUCCAGAUGUAAAUUCGAAACCAGGAGGCAAAUGGAAACGCAGCAGAAAAAUCCUCUCCUCAUCCUCACCUCGAUAACGAACCUGCUCCUUGAUCCAGGUCUUCCUUAGGAAUUUCUAAAAGAGCUACUUUUUUUUGUUUUUUUACUAUCUUAAAAAUAGUAAUUUAAAAUGCACUCUGACACUUUGCAUGUGGAUUGAUAACUUUUUAAGCGAUUGAUUGAAGUUUACUAUUUUCCAAUAAUUCAGUGUUGUCUUGCACAAGAACAUUUAGCUGUUUUAUUUUCAGAUUUUUAGCAGAAACUGCAGCAUUGACCGGAGAACUUUGUCCAAACUUUGACAAUUCUUAAUAAGAUGAUUUUCUUUUAAGAGUUAUUUUUAUUUAUUUGCUGCAAUCUGAGAUAUUAAAUAAUUUAUCCAACAUAACUGAAACGUUAAUAUUUAAUGCAAGUAGUUUUUAUCUAACCUUAAAUCUUUCCUAUAUUUUUAAUGGGAUAUAAUUGUGUGCAGAAUAGGUUUGUUUAAAAAAAUAUUUUCUUUUGUUUGUAUAUUUAAUAGCUUUAUGUUUUAAUGUCAGAUGUCAGCUCAACACCAGGGCUGUUCAUUAUCUCUGCAAAGAACGUUGCUCCUGUUUCUAUUGUUUGUCUUCGUGUCUCUGUUACACACGGAAUAAUGUUUGGAUUAUUUUGUUUUUAACAACGGUAAACUGAGCCAAAGAAAUGGUGUUUGUUGCAUGUUCUGGAUCUGGAAUGACUUUUCUUUUUUAAAUGCAUGGGAUAAUGCAAAUGCCUGUAAUCCUGAAUGAUGGUCUAUAGCAGAACUGCAUCUCUCCCUGCUUUGUCCACAGCCUGUCGGCUCACCCUGAGCAGAAAGUCUGACAUAUUUAAGCUGAUAGUUUGUUCUUUUCUUUGUUCUAAAAAUUACCUCAUGUACCAAGAAGAUGUGAUGCAAAAAAUCUUUUAAUUUAUCCCAAAAAAAAAAAAAAAAGUUCUUUGGUACCCUUCUCUAAGGGUUAAC